CUCAUACCUACCGGUAGUAGCCUAUUACCUAGGCUAGGAGCGAAGCACACAACCAGAAGCACUGCAGUAGUCAGCAUUUUUUCGAGAUCAGGUCGCAAGAGAAGGCAAUCAGCAUGUUUUCUACAAGCAGCAUUGCUCCUGGAAGCUUCAACACCCUAACAGAUCUGUGUCUUUCCAGCAAACGUCCUUCGCAUGCACUUAAAUGCAUGCAAGGAAGGUCUCAAACCGCUCAGACGGCUUUUGGCGCGCAGUUUUCCUUAGAGUUUCAAGCUGGCUGGAGGUCUGCCCGUCCCUCCUGCAUUAAAGCAGGCUCUCGUUUGUCUUCUUCAGCUGCUUUUAUCAAGAAAAGAUGCAAUCGUAGUUGGGUGCAAUCAGACGAGCGAUUGCUUGGUGGGUUUGAGUUUGGACGGCAAGGGGACCUUCUUACAAGAGUGUUGAGAAACACAGAAAGGUUGAAGUACGCAGAAACCCGCGGUAGGAGAACUAGCAUGGGGAGCACAAGAGCUGCAGCCACUGGCUCCAAGGACGACAACAUUCUGCUAGUGGGGGCAACAGGGGGAACUGGCGGCUCAGUUUUGGACGGCCUCCUUGCGUCCGGCAUAUCCAGCGCCUCCUUGCACGUGCUGUCAAGGAACCCAACCGGGAAGGGGGCGCAAGCAUUGGCCACCAGGGGGGUCCAUGUGGUGACUGGGGACUUGGAUGACGAGGCGUCUGUUAGAGAAGCAAUGAAAGGCAUGCGUGCUGUGUACUGUCAUGCCACGAGUAAGGACGCGGCCAAAGCGGACCCGAUCGGCGACAUACGGGCCGAGAAGCUGGCGCGCGCCGCAAAGGAUGCGGGCAUUGAGCACAUAGUCUACAACAGCUCUGGCGGUCGGGGCGCCAACACGAAGAUCUCGCAGGUCGACCAGAAGCACCACAUCGAGGACAUCUUCGUCGAAUCGGGUAUUCCCACCACCAACCUGCAGGCGGUGCUCUUCAUGGAGGAGUUUUGGAAGGUGACGACGCGGCCGGCGAUUCAAAAGGGAACAUUUCCGUUUAGCAUGCCCGCCGACAAACCCCUUCAGCUAUUAGCGGUUAAAGACAUGGGCCGGGCUGCGGGGACCGCUCUUCUGAAGCCGGAAGAGUACGCCGGAAAGUCGCUCGAGUUGGCCGGCGACGAGUUGACGCCACGUCAGCUGUGCGAGGAAUUCUCACUUGCGCAAGGGGGAUCCCCCGUCAAGCAGCUCAGCCUGCCGCGGUUCCUGUUCUGGUUCUUGAACAAGGACUUGUUUCGAAUCAUCAAGUUCCUGGCGGAGACCGGAUAUUCCGCGGAAAUCGACGACUGCCGGGCGCGUUUCCCGGGCAUGCUGACGUUCCGGGAGUUUCUAAAGCUCACAGAUUGGGGCAACUCCAAACGGACGUACGAAGGAGGCUUCCGAUACUGAACCUUUCGUUCAAACCAGUAGGCGAUUGACACGCGGCAAUGAUGAGUUGCGGAGUUGGCCUGUCCCAGCUAAGCCAGAGGAUAACUGAUUUUGACACUGUAAGAUAUGUAUUAUAUCGUGAUUACGUUUCGGAAGCCGGGCUCACAAGCGAGCUCUGUCAGUGUGCUCCCACUGGACUCUACGAGAAGCGAUUAUUGGCUUGGCAGACGUCGGUAAGACGUGUUCGUGUCGGGCCGCCACCAGUCGAAGCAAUGGUUCAUCUAACGAACCAGCCGCGCUUUGAAGGCAGCAUCCUCUUAACGGUUCAAUGUAAGCUGGGUUUCUGACAUGCGCCCGGCCAUGACUUACAGCCGGCCGAAAGCAAACGAUGGACAGGCCCGGAUGCUCAGCAUUGAUUCUUGAAAGCGAUUCAGCAAC